AUGGGUCGCAUACCUGCUUUCAUAAUCUUCCUAACUUCUUCUCUUCUUAUAGUCCUUCAAAACCUCGACGUCGCUAACGCCGUGACGUGUACAGGAAGCUUCAUCAACCGUAACAGCAGCUAUUUUCAGAAUCGCCACAAGCUCUUCUCCACUCUUGCUAAUAAAGUCGUCGCCAACGGCGGAUUCUACAACUCCUCACGCGGAGCAAGUCCUAACUCAGUUCACGCUCUUGCCCUCUGUAGAAGAGGCUACGAGGAACAGGACUGUAUCAGUUGUGUAGAAAAGGUUACUCAGGAGAUACAAACUGGUUGUCCAAACCGCAUGGAUUCAUUCAAGUGGGACAAUGACGAUGGUGACAAUGUUUCUUGUCUUGUAAGUUCUUCAAACCACUCAACUUUUGGGAGCCUUGAGCUUGAACCUGCUGUUAUAUAUCCAAGUCCACUUAGUAUCGAGCAAUCGAAAGACAUGACCCUUUUCAGACAACAGUGGGAAGCAACGGUUAAUCGGACCCUCGAGGAUACCACUGAAGCUAAAACUUUAUCCAUACUUAAGUACUACAGUGCUGUGGAAGCCGAGUUCACCGAGUUUUCAAAUGUAUACAUGCUGAUGCAGUGCACGCCCGACAUAACUUCCCAGGAUUGCAAGAUAUGUUUGGAAAACUGUGUGACAUAUUUUAAAAAAGAGUUUUGGGGAAGACAAGGAGGCGAGGUUAGUCGUCCUAGCUGUGUUUUCAGGUGGGAUCUAUAUGCUUUUCAUGGUGCCUUUGAAUAUGUAACAAGGGUUCCUGCACCUCCUGGACCUCAGGCACAGGCGAAUGGAACCUUCAUAACAGACAAGAAAGGAAGAAGCAUUAGAUAUAGCGGAAUUAUUGCGAUUAUUGUGGUUCCUGCUCUCUUUAAUCUGGUGGUAUUUAUUGGUCUCAUAAAGUUCUAUGUUCGGAGGAAAAACUCAUACAACGGAUACAAUGAGUACUCUGAUUCUAAUGGUCAACCUAUGUUACGGUUUGAUCUUGGUACAAUCUCAAUGGCAACCAAUGACUUUUCGUCUGAAAAUAAGCUUGGCCAAGGUGGAUUUGGUACGGUCUAUAAGGGAAAACUACCAAAUGGGCAAGAGAUAGCUGUGAAGAGAUUAACAAAAGGUUCAGGACAAGGAGAUAUGGAGUUUAAGAAUGAGGUUUCACUCUUAACAAGACUCCAACACAAGAAUCUGGUUAAGCUUCUUGGAUUCUGUAGUGAAGGUGAUGAAGAGAUUCUUAUCUACGAGUUUGUCCCCAACUCAAGUCUUGAUCACUUUAUCUUCGAUGAAGAGAAGCGUUCGCUUCUUACGUGGGAGGUGAGAUUUAGAAUUAUAGAAGGCAUUGCUAGAGGUCUUCUUUAUCUUCAUGAAGAUUCUCAGCUAAAGAUUAUUCACCGAGACUUGAAAGCAAGCAACAUCCUUUUAGAUGCAGAGAUGAACCCGAAAGUUGCAGAUUUCGGGACCGCAAGGUUGUUUGAUGCUGAUGAGACUCGAGCUGAAACAAGACGAAUAGCUGGAACUCGUGGAUAUAUGGCUCCUGAAUACCUGAAUCACGGGCAAAUCUCAGCUAAGUCUGAUGUAUUUAGCUUCGGUGUUAUGCUUCUGGAGAUGAUAAGCGGUCGAAAAAACAAUAGCUUCGAAGGAGAAGGACUUGCAGCUUUUGCAUGGAAGAGGUGGGCUGAAGGAAAGCCUGAAAUUAUAAUUGACCCGUUCUUGGUAAAGAAACCGAGUAACGAGAUCAUUAAGAUGAUCCAGAUAGGUUUGUUGUGUGUUCAAGAGAAUGCAGGGAGGAGACCAACCAUGAGCUCGGUAAUAGUUUGGCUUGGCAGUGAGACUAUCACCAUUCCUUUACCUAACGCUCCUGCUUUCACUGGAAGCAUGUCCCAAUCUGAGAAAGGUACAACGUCAAUAAGCAACGUCUUCACGGACUACUUUCAGAAUCGCCACAAUCUCUUCUCCACUCUUGCUUCAAAAGUCGUCGCCAACGGCGGAUUCUACAACGCCUCAGUCGGCAAAAGCCCUAACUUAGUUCACGCUCUUGCCCUCUGCAGAAGAGGCUACGAGCGACAGGAUUGUAUCAAUUGUGUCGAAAAGGUGACGCAGGAGAUACAAACUGGUUGUCCAAACCGAAUGGGUUCGUUCAAGUGGGACAAUGACGAUGGAGACCAUGUUUCCUGUCUUGUAAGUUCCUCAAACCACUCAACUUUGGGGAGCCUUGAGCUUGAACCUUCUGUUAUAUAUCCAAGUCCACUUAGUAUCGAGCCAUCGAAGGACAUGACGCUUUUCAGACAACAAUGGGAAGCAACGGUAAAUCGGACCAUCCAGGAUGCCACAGAAGCUGAAAGUUCCUCCAUACUUAAGUACUACAGUGCCGUAGAAGCCGAGUUCACGGAGUUUCCAAAUGUAUACAUGCUGAUGCAAUGCACGCCCGACAUAACUUCCCAGGAGUGCAAGAUAUGUUUGGAAAAAAGUGGGACAUAUUUUAAAAAACAGUUUUGGGGAAGACAGGGAGGCGAGGUUAGUCGUCCGAGCUGUGUUUUCAGGUGGGAUCUAUAUGCUUUCCAUGGUGCAUUUGAUAAUGUAACAAGGGUUCCUGCACCUCCUAGAUCUCAGGCUCAGGCAAACGGGACCUUUAUAACAGACAAGAAAGGUAAAGCAACUGACGGAAUUAUUGCGAUAAUUGUGGUUCCCACUCUUACUAAUCUGUUGGUAUUUAUUGGUCUCAUAAAAUUCUGUGUUCGGAGGAAAAACUCAUACAACGGAUGCAAUGACUACUCUGAUUCUAAUGGCCAACCUAUGUUACGGUUUGAUCUUAGUACAAUUCUAAUGGCAACCAAUGACUUCUCGUCUGAAAAUAAACUUGGCGAAGGUGGAUUUGGUACGGUCUAUAAGGGGACAUUAGUAAAUGGCCAAGAAAUAGCUGUGAAGAGAUUAACAAAAGGUUCAGGACAAGGAGAUAUGGAGUUUAAGAAUGAGGUUUCACUCUUGACAAGACUACAACAUAGGAAUCUGGUUAAGCUUCUUGGGUUCUGUAAUGAAGGAGAUGAAGAGAUUCUUAUCUACGAGUUUGUCCCCAACUCAAGUCUUGAUCACUUUAUCUUCGAUGAAGAGAAGCGUUCACUUCUUACGUGGGAGGUGAGAUUCAGAAUUAUAGAAGGCAUUGCUAGAGGUCUUCUUUAUCUUCAUGAAGAUUCUCAGCUGAAGAUUAUUCACCGAGAUUUGAAAGCAAGCAACAUCCUCUUAGAUGCGGAGAUGAACCCUAAAGUUGCAGAUUUUGGGACCGCAAGGUUGUUUGAUGCUGAUGAGACUCGAGCUGAAACAAGACGAAUAGCUGGAACCCGUGGAUAUAUGGCUCCUGAAUACCUGAAUCACGGGCGAAUCUCAGCCAAGUGUGAUGUAUAUAGCUUCGGUGUUGUGCUUCUAGAGAUAUUAAGUGGUGAAAAAAAUAAUAGCUUCAAAGGAGAAGGACUUGCAGCUUUUGCAUGGAGGAGAUGGCUUGAAGGAAAGCCUGGGAUUAUAAUUGACCCUUUCUUGGUAGAGAAUCCGAGUAAUGAGAUCAUUAAGAUGAUUCAGAUUGGUUUGUUGUGUGUUCAAGAGAAUGCAACAAAGAGACCAACCAUGAGCUCGGUAAUAGUUUGGCUAGGUAGUGAGACUAUCACCAUUCCUUUACCUAACGCUCCUGCUUUCACUGGAAGCAUGUCCCAAUCUGAGAAAGGUACAACGUCGAUAAGCAACGUCUUCACGGAGUUGAGUUGUCGAUGA